AAUUUAUAAAUAAUGAGAUAACAAUCACCUAAUCUCAAAUAAUCAAGAGCAAGCUCUGCCUAAUAAAAUAAUUCAGUUGCUGUAAGUCAAAUAGAGAAGUCUAAAAUUGAAAAAUAGUAAGUUGUUUCAAAACAUGAUAAAAUGAAAAGCUAUGCUAAAGAAUAAUAAAAUGUUUCAAAAAAACAUGAAACAGUAUGAUAUUAAAUUGACAUAAUAGAUAGAGCCUACUAAAUUAAUUGAACAGAAUAUGAAAUUAAAGGAGUAGUUACAAGAGUUAGUUGUGCAUCUUGAUAAUAUUGUUAAAAAUUAAAAAGAAAAGUAAAAGUAAGAAAAAGAGAAGAAAUUUGCUAAGCCUUUAGAGCCAACUGAAAAGAAAUCUAUUUUGAAUUAGUAAGAAAAAUAAAUAAAUGAUAAUAUUGCAUAAAUCAAAUUAUUGUCUAAGUAGUUAGAAUAAACAUAUGAUAUAAAUAAGUAAUGAUAAAAAGUAAUUUUUAGAAUAAAAGAAAAGGAAGAUAAAAAAAGAUAUUUAGAAAAUGAAUAUUCAAAAUUAUAUAAAGAAUAUGAAUCACAACAGAAAAUUGAUUAAAAAUAAAAUGAAGGAUUAAAAUAAAUGGAUUUGAAAGAAUAGUAAUAAAUGAUUGCCUAAAUUAAAAAAGAUUUGUAAGAAGAGUAAAAAAUUUCAAGAAGUUUAGUAGAAGAAAUCAAUAAAAUUGAAAAAGAUGUUCAAAAGUUGCAUAAUGAAAGAGUAACAAAAUUAAAACAAAUUACAGAUAUUUAAUAAAAAAUUAAUUAGAAAAAAAAAAAUAAAUAAGUUGAUGAUGAAAUAGAUGAUAAUAAGUUGAAAUAAUUAGAAGAAGAAAUAAUUGAAUUGUAAAAAAAAAAGGAUGAAUAAAUGAAAAAUUAUAGUGAAAAAUUCAAAAAAUUAGAAUUGGAAAGAAAUUAAAUAAAGAAUGAAGUUGAAAAAAAGAGAAUGUUAAUGAUUAAAUUAGAAAGAGAUACAAAAAUUAAUAGAAUUUUCAUUCAUGAAGCAAAUAGAUAUUUGAGAUUAGAAGAUAAAAAUUCUUAAAGAUCAUCUAAACCUGUCUUUUCUGCACCUAGAAAACCUACAACUCCAAGAAAAGAUACUCCAUCUCCAAAAUCAGAUAAAGGAUCAAUUAAAAAAAAUCCAUCUUAAAAAAAAGUAGAAAUUAUCAAGGAAGAAUAAUUUGAGGAAACAGUCCCAAAUUUAGAUAUAUAAUAAUAAUAAAAUUAGAGAUAACCUAGAGCUAAAGAAUAAAUUGAUAAAACACAUAAAAAAGAUAUCAAGGAUUAAUAGAAAACAGAUUCUACUGAAAAAAAAGAUGAAAUAUAAGAAGCCAUAUAAAUUGAAAAACCUAAUGAGUAAUAAUAAUAAUAAUAAUAAUAAUAAUAAUAAUAAUAAUAAUAAUAAUAAUAAUAAUAAUAAUAAUAAUAUUCACAUCAUACUAAUCAUGAAGAAGAAACUAAGAGUUUGAUUGAUUAAAACGAGUAUAAUUCUCAAUAAAAUCAAUAAAUUUAAUAACCGAAGUAAAUAAUUAUAUUUAAUAUUAAGCAUAUAUAGAAAACCCAUGAUGAUGCUCAAAAAAAAGUGA